AUUUCAUGAAGCAAUCGUCCUUCCAUAAAAAAUAAAAAAUCUUACAAGAUUUAGUUUAUGUUGUUUGUUGUUUGUGGGAUUGUUGUUGCAUGGAUUUCCCCAUGGUUGCCAGUAAAGGUCAAUGUCUGUGUGGGUGGCAUGUCUGAUAGUAGCAGUUCCUAUGCACAUAUCCAGCAUACAGUGUCCCAUCAAAGACAAUACCAUAACUGCAGAGCCGUACGUCACAAUAAUUCAUGCAGGACCAUUUGCCAUGGAGGAGCAUUAAGAACGAAAUGUGCGGGUACGGUCUCUUGCCUUCUUGCUGCGUUGCUGACGGAGCUUUUCUGUUUUGUUAUGGUCCAUAGAAUAAAGUUACCUCUUUUUUCUUUUUUUAUCUUGGACAACUUAUGGGUUCAAUCCAUUAUCUCCCAAGUACUGCAUUCACAGAAGUGUUUCCGAGUUCCAUUUUUUACAGCACUACUCAGCUGGAUUCAAGAUUAUCACUCCCUAAUUCUUGCUUGCUCUAAUAUUAAUAUCUGUAGAUCAAGUUACUCUUUCUAGAUGUUGGACAACUUGAAGGUGCAAUCUUUCAUCUCCAGAUGUUGCAUUCGCAGAUGGGUUUCCAGGUUCCAAUUUUGUUACAGCCUUACUCAGAUGGGUUUUCAGGUUCCAUUUUGUUACAGCCUUCCUCGGCUGGAUUCAACAUUAUCACUCCCCAGUUCUUGUUUGCCCUGAUGUUAGCUGAGAAUGUCGAAUCAAAAGGCCGCACUUGAAGGUGGUGGUCAGCAGCUGUGUCAGUGUUCUUUGCAAGUUGGAAAGGGCAAUAUGGGGCAGUUCUGUCUGUGUCUUCCACACCCUUCUUUUCGUGGUCUCAGUUGCUUGGCAGUUUGCCCCUCACAUCCAACCCAAGGAAAGCUAUCCCAAGCAAGGCCUGACCACAGAACCCCUCUACAGAAAGGUAUAUUCCUUGCCUUGGAUUCACCUUUCUCAUUAGUAUUAAUUUCAAUGAUGGGGAAGCAACUCAUGUGUGCGUUUGUUGUUGUGUCCCCUGUUCCAACCUAUUUUUGGUGCUGUACUCACCUGCGGAUUUGCUUCUCUCUGCCAAUGAUGGAGUCCUUCCACCUCUAAGAUCUGUUGACUUUGAUGUUGCAGACACUUCUCUACAUUAUAUGACAUUUUUGGGAAGGUAGAGACUUGCUUCUUCUGUUCACUCUUUUCAUGGUAUAUGACCUGCUAAUUCCCCCACCGAAGUCUUCUGCUAGUCCAGUUGCAGAGAGUGUGAUGGAAUCUCCUCCUCCUCCUCCUCAAGAGACACAACAGCCGCCGCCCCUUGAUCUGUCGCUCGCCUUGGCCCCUUCCUCGCCUUCCUCCGAUCAGGAGACCAAGUACGUGAAGCUCUUCCCCUGCCUCUUCUGCAACAAGAAGUUCCUCAAGUCCCAGGCGCUCGGUGGCCACCAGAACGCCCACAAGAAGGAGAGGAGCGUCGGGUGCAGCUCCUACCUUUACCUCGCGCCCACCGCCGUCGCCCCCACCGCCGUCCCUCCGCCGCCGCUUCCCAUCGCGUCCCACGCGUGCAGGUACCUUCCUCUCACCGACUACUCCUUCGGCAGCCACUCGGACGGCUUCAGCCCCGCCCGCAGGGGCCCCCGGUUCGCGGCCGACCACCCGCUGCUGGCGACGGUGAGUAGCGGCAGGGCAAUGUGCGCCGCGGGGGACCUCUCCACGAGCGGUGACGAGACCAUCGACCUGCUCAACUGGCGGAGAGGGUCCCACCCCACGCAGGAGCUCCCAGCCGUCCCUGCCGACGGCGACGGCCCGGCCGAGCUCGACCUGUCGUUGAGGCUCUAGUGUUUGCGUUGUUGCUACCUGUUAUCAGUUCACUGCUCGUUUCGGUUGAGCUGCACCGGGGUUUGGCUGCGCCUCGACGGCUGAGCUAUAAGUGGGGGGGGGGGCCGUUGGCGGCGGGAUGGUGUUGGAGUGGGAAGAAGACACGGCCAUGUGAUGUGGGUGGGCAUCGUGUCAUCUGGUGGUGGGGCAACGGAUGCGUGCAUUGUGGAUACUGUUGACAUCAUUGUCUCCCCUCGCCUUCUCUCUAUUGUAGCUCAUAGGCCAAUCCUUUGGAGGUCCUCACAUCAAGUGCUACUUAAACUUGUGGAUGAUAUCUAGGCUCUAAAGAGGUUCUCUUCAUGCUUUGAAUCUUUCGAUCAUGUAUAAUAAAAAACUGUUUUAAGUAGA